AUGGCCGGAGGCUGGGCGGCGGCGCUGAGAGGCCGCGCCGCGGCGACCGAGGCGGCCGUAGGCGAGCCGGCGCUUCUGCUGGUCGACGUGGCGGCUGCGCUGCUGCGGGGCUACGCCGCAACCCGCCGGACGGCGGAGGGCGCAGGCACGGAGGCGUUCCAGCGUGCUGCUGUCGCCGGCGGCGGAGGUCGGAUUGGCACUGGGGUUUUUCGGUUGCUUCGCUUUCUUGAAUCUUUGAUGUUAUUUGAAUGGGUCGUUCUCCAUUUCCCCCUUUACAGGCAUAGUACUACCCACGUGUGCUCACAUUUGCUGAUUCCAAUUGAUGUUCGAAGCUUCAAUCUGCAGGUAUGUGGUCUUCGACUCGUCAGAUCUGCUAUGUGA